UCUACACAGUGUAUGCAGGGAAAUAAUUUCUGCAGGCAAUUCGAACAAUGCAUCUAUAUAAAGGUAAAAACCGUUCGGUGUACGCAUUUAACGCGGUGGAUGUGGAAAUUAACGGACAGUUACAACAUGGUUUUGUUGUCGACGUAACUGACGGCGAACAGAAUCCCCAGCGUCUCGUGAACGACUUCGAAUGCGCCGGACAGGACCCAGUCCUGGUGGAAUACGGAAAAGUCUACGAUUGCUCUGAACACGUGCAGGAAAAUUACCCGGGGAAAUGGUGGUCCAACGAACCGGCAUACCCACCGGAAGUGGAGGUUCUGCUGCGCGAUCAUCCCGAUCAUCCCUGGAAAUGGUAUCCUGGAAAAAUCCUGCCGUGUCCCCCCAUAUCAAGAAACGUGCAAGUGGUGGUAGAGGCAGAAGUGUCAGGGUACCGGAUCCGCGAAAUGUUGCCGUAUACACAGAUUCGGAUGCUGUCCACGGCGGAAGAGCGCCAGCGUAGACAGCUAGCUUCCGGUCACUUUUAUAUCGAUACCUCCGCUGAGCAAAGAUACUUAACCACGAUUGCCCGGGAGGAAUCAGCUGGCUUACGGUCUGUUUUGGGGGGCCCAAGUUCGCGAAAGCGACGUCGCCUGGUCUCCGAAUUAUGGCAGCGGGUACAACGCCGUACGGUGGCGAAUGCCAUGGAAGUGAUCCAUCAUACUGGUGGAAACGAGAUUCCGGGGCAAAACACACCGGGCACCGUGGAUUGCAAGAAGAACGAGGGUAUCGCAAUGGACGGUUUAAUAUUGCCAUGGGAGCUCUUGGUGGAAAUCUUUCUAUCACUGAAAACCCACCAACGACAGCGCUGCCGCCGUGUUUGCGCCCUGUGGGAAGAGGUCAUCACUUCCCAGCAAAUGUGCGCUGAUAUUCGUGUCAACUUGGUGCAGGGGACUUUUUCACCCCGCACAGAAUGGAUGUGGCAGCCUGACUACGCGGUGUACAGCAGCAUUUUCAAGCACCUCAGCCCGGCAACACGCACCAUUAGUUUGAGAGACGGUUGUUUUGACUACGACGACAGUGACGGACGGGUUGAGCACCCGGAACGCUACACAACUUCUGGUUCGGCAUUAGUAAACUAUAUCACAAGAGUUCUGACGGAUUCCGAUGUACGCAUCCAGCGGCUCAUUUUAUGGCGACGUUGGUGGUCCACCGUAUUAUGCGACGGUACUCUGGAUGACUACUUUCUCGACAUUAUCGAAAUAGAUGCUGGGUUGGCGUCUUGUUGUGACCGCGUCAUUUGGUAUGACUAUUUUCUUCGUUUCAUCAUUGAAUGUAAAGAUGAACCCUGUCCACGCGUUGCGUUCCGCUUUCCGUUUGCGGUAUUCCAUCUGGCGUCUCUAGAUGCUGCGCAAGUCUGGAAUAUAUUUGAGGACAACCUGUAUUCUAAGGAACCACUGAAUUUAGAGCUCAUUGCGCAUUGGACAGCGGAACGUAUUAAACCGAACUCUGGGCACAAAUGCCGCUUUCUUAUAAUGAUUUUGGACAACUAUCAGAGCUGCGAUCCGCGUCCUUCGACGCAUUACAGAAGGCACAAGUGGACAACGGACAACCUGCAGAGUUUAGAAGUCAGCAAAUUGAACAAAAUCAGUCUCCAUGCGUUGUCCUCUUGCAUGUACGAGGAGUGUGAAUCGACUUCAAACAACAGUGAUCAUGAAUAUGAGUUUGUCCUUAAAUACAAGCUCAUCCGGAAAGAGAAGCGCGCGUGUCAGCCGAAAGAAUCAGAAGAAUCUUCUGAUUGAAAUGAGCCCCCGAGGGUAACCGCACCGUCAGUGAGUAAACGAUCAGCCAUUACUUACAAAUUACCACUCAGCAACUUGUCGGGCAGCAAAACGGAGGUCAGAGAAUUGACUUGCUACCAUCUACUCUAACAUGUGCAGAUACAGUACUUACCUCCUGCAACUGUAUGUUGUCAGAGAAUUGACUUGCUACCAUCUACUCUAACAUGUGCAGAUACAGUACUUACCUCCUGCAACUGUAUGUUCGAUUCAUAGAUAACAAUCCAGAACUUGGAAAACUGACCGAUUAGCAUACGGAAAGAAAAAAUUAUUAUAGUUUUUUGUCGCUGUUAUUGCAAACUGAUGAUCAGUCUGUCAUGAUUAGAAAUCGUUUCUACGUGUGAUGGACUUAUUGGACGCCAUUAUCGCCAUAUAUAACGUUUUGCUUCGUCUGCGGGAAGCAAAGCCUUUCUUUCACACGGGACAGCGCGCUUGUGUAACACGAAGCUGCGCUAAUCCAGUGCUA